GUAAAGGAAGGCUGUGAUGAAAAGCAUCCUCCCUAUUUGGAUUGGGAUUGGCUCUGGUACUGUGGCAACUACUUGUAUAUAAUCACAAAGUCUCUUCUUCUGCUUGGUGUCCUUCCAUUGCAACAAGUUCCUGAAAGCAGCAAAAGUUGAGAGAUUUUGUCCAUUUUUUCACUGCAAAAAGGGAGUUAAGACUAGGAGUGCCAAAGGAGUGGUGCCUACAGCCUGCAGUCAAGUUAUACCCACAGGGAGCAAUGGGUUGAUUACUGUCCCAGCUUUUAAUGUUGCCAACGCCCUGACCUCAUUUCUGUCAGCAACUGUGUUUGUUAUUUGUAUCCACUGAGGAGGGAAUUCCAAAAUGGAGAAAUCAGGGGCAUGGAGUUCUAGUCCCUCAACUUCCUCAUCAGUAAAAGAGUAUCAAUCCACCGGUAGUAUUAUAGAUGGGAAGCAGACAUUGGAGGUGUUUGAACCGGCACGGAGCCAGGAUUUAGAACAGCUGCGUACUGAUUAUAAGGGUGACAAUGAAGAUAUAGCAGCAUCGGCACAAGUAGUAGAGCAGGGAGGCUCUAGUAGGGAGCCUAUCAACAAGUGGAUGGCAUUUCAGAGGGAGGCUUCUGGGAAGUCUAACGUCACUGAUAAUUCCAUUACAGGUGUAAAAGCUGAAGGAGUUAGUCCAGUUGAGCGGUCUCCUUCUUCUAAUCAGAUUUUAACCUCAGCAAGCACAAUAGCUGAAAGAACUGCAGAAUGGGGGCUGGUUAUGAAAUCGGGUUUGGGAGACGGUCUGCGAGCAUUGGGAAGGUCAUUUGGAGAAGGGGAUCAAAGCAAAAAGUCGUUAGAGAGACUUGCAGGGGAAACAACUAGGACAUCAGAGGAAUCCAAUUAUGAAGGUGAAUCAGGGUCCUUCCCCAGGGUAUCUCAAGAGUUGAAGGAUGCUUUGUCAACCCUGCAGCAGACUUUCGUUGUUUCAGAUGCUACCAAACCAGACUGCCCCAUUAUGUUUGCCAGCAGUGGGUUUUUUAGCAUGACUGGUUACACUUCCAAGGAGGUCAUUGGAAGGAACUGCCGCUUUCUUCAGGGACCAGAUACAGACGAGAACGAAGUUGCCAAAAUACGAAGUUCUGUCAAAACUGGGAACAGCUACUGUGGCAGGCUCUUGAAUUACAAGAAGGAUGGCACUCCUUUCUGGAAUCUUCUAACCAUCACCCCCAUUAAAGAUGACAAGGGGAAGGUCAUCAAAUUCAUUGGAAUGCAGGUCGAGGUCAGCAAAUAUACAGAAGGUGUGAAUGAAAAGGCAGUUCGACCAAAUGGAUUGCCUCAGUCACUAAUCCGUUAUGAUGCUCGUCAGAAGGAGAAGGCUUUGGGCUCGAUCACAGAAGUUGUUCAAACCGUGAAGCAUCCCCAUUCUCAUGCUCAUGCUCGAACUAUGAGUCAUGAUGGUACAGUCAAGAAUGAAGAGGUGGAAAAGUUCCAACUUGAUUAUCUUCUGCCUAAAUCUGCUGAGCUUGACAACAUAAGCACACCUAGUAGACAAACACCUCAAGUGGAUUCCAGAAAUAUCUCCCGCUCUGGUUCUCGUCAGGAAGCUGGCAAGAAAUCUAGAAAAUCGGCACGGAUUUCUUUAAUGGGGUUUAAAUCAAAAUCUAUAAGUUCCUUUAGUGCACAAGAGUGUCAGCCAAGUAUCGAGCCAGAGAUUUUGAUGACAAAAGACAUAGAACGCUCUGAGAGUUGGGAACGUGCUGAAAGAGAAAGGGAUAUACGUCAAGGAAUUGACUUAGCAACCACUCUAGAACGCAUUGAAAAGAAUUUUGUGAUAACCGAUCCAAGACUUCCUGAUAACCCAAUUAUAUUUGCCUCUGACAGCUUUCUUGAAUUAACAGAGUAUACUCGUGAAGAAAUAUUGGGAAGAAAUUGUCGAUUUCUUCAGGGACCUGAAACUGAUCAAGGAACCGUCUCAAAGAUAAGAGAUGCUAUCAGACAACAAAGGGAAAUCACAGUUCAGUUGAUCAACUACACAAAGAGCGGAAAGAAAUUCUGGAAUUUAUUCCACUUGCAGCCCAUGCGUGACCAAAAGGGUGAACUUCAAUACUUCAUUGGUGUCCAAUUAGAUGGAAGUGAUCAUCUGGAACCCCUCCGAAACCGCCUGUCAGAGCAAACUGAGCAACAAAGUGCUAAGCUGGUCAAAGCUACUGCAGAAAAUGUUGAUGAAGCUGUUCGAGAACUUCCUGAUGCCAACUUGAGACCAGAAGAUUUGUGGGCAAUCCACUCUCAACCUGUCUUCCCAAAGCCUCACAAGAAGAAUAACUCUUCUUGGAUAGCAAUACAAAAGAUUACUGCCCGUGGCGAAAAAAUUGGCCUAAGUCAUUUCAACCCUAUAAGGCCAUUGGGUUGUGGUGAUACUGGCAGUGUUCAUCUGGUUGAACUGAAGGGCUCAGGUGAACUCUAUGCUAUGAAGGCAAUGGACAAGUCUGUGAUGUUGAACCGCAACAAGGUUCACCGAGCAUGCAUGGAAAGGGAAAUCAUUUCAAUGCUCGAUCAUCCGUUCCUUCCAACGCUGUACUCUUCUUUUCAGACUCCUACACACGUUUGUUUGAUAACAGACUUUUUCCCUGGUGGAGAGUUAUUUGCCCUGCUUGACAAGCAACCCAUGAAAAUAUUUAGAGAGGAAUCUGCAAGGUUCUAUGCUGCAGAGGUUGUGAUUGGCUUGGAAUAUCUUCACUGUUUAGGAAUAAUUUAUCGAGAUUUGAAGCCUGAAAACGUGAUACUGCAAAAGGAUGGACAUGUUGUCUUAGCUGAUUUUGAUCUAUCACUGAUGACAUCCUGUAAACCUCAAAUCAUAAAGCAUCCCCCAUCUAAGAGAAGAAGAUCCAAGAGUCAACCGCCACCAACAUUCGUUGCAGAACCAAACACACAAUCAAAUUCUUUUGUUGGAACUGAAGAAUACAUUGCUCCGGAAAUUAUUACAGGCGCAGGCCACAGUAGUGCCAUUGAUUGGUGGGCUCUAGGGAUUUUUCUGUAUGAGAUGCUUUAUGGCCGUACUCCUUUCAGGGGAAAGAAUAGGCAGAAGACAUUUUCCAACAUCUUGCACAAAGAUCUAACUUUUCCCAGUAGCAUUCCGGUAAGUCUUGCUGCUAGGCAGUUGAUUCACGCAUUGUUGAACAGGGAUCCUGCCAGCCGAUUAGGAUCAACCAGCGGUGCCAAUGAAAUCAAACAACAUCUAUUUUUCCGUGGAAUUAACUGGCCUUUGAUCCGCUGCAUGAACCCACCACCACUGGAUGUGCCUCUUGAGUUAAUUGGGAAAGAGUCCAAGGCCAAAGAUGCACAGUGGGAUGAUGAGGGAGCGCUUGCUCGUUCUAUGGAAGUUUUCUAGAGAUUUAAGAAGAAAAGCUUACAAGAUUAUAUUAGUGGGUGAGCACAUUUUGCUUGGCAAGCAUCCACAUUCAAGAGGCAGGACCUACAGAGUGGGCAGGUGAACUGAUACCUGUCUAGCCAACCUUGAAUGCACCCCAUAUGGAAUAUGUGGCCACACAGAGAGAGUUGGGUCACUGCAUCUUCCCUCUCAAAGUCCACCAAGCAAAUGGGGCACGUUUCAUCAAUUCUGCUGCCAUCUCUGCUAGCCAAAUCACCAAACAUAGCCACUGGAAGUGGAAAAUCAUCUUGUAUGCAUGUUGGGUCAUGGUGGAAUGUGCAGAAGGUGAAGCCGAAUAUCAUGAGCAGAACUUGUUUAAUUUGAAGGAAUGGAAUCCAAACACAAAUGUAGAAGACGAUGGUGACAAAGCUAAAACGAGACUGGCCAUACAUAAGACAGAUCAUUUUGCAUGCCCUCCUUUGUUCUUCUCUCUCUCUCUCUCUCUCUCUCUCUCUGAGCUCUGAGCUCUGAACUUAAUAGAGAUGGAUGAGUGUUUAUGUAGCAAUAAGGAUUGCAGAGUCAAAUGUUUGUUUAUUUAUCAGGGAUUAACUUAAUCGCCUUGACUUUGGGGGAGGCGGGAGACUCCAUAUUAAGAAUAGUUUAAGGUUGUUUCAGAAUUGACAUGCUGUUUAAUAUUUUGCUUAGGCAAUUGUCUGA